UCAAGUUCAAUCAAAUCAAAAUCAAAUGAAAAAUUAAAAAUGGCGACUGUGUUGUGUUAAUGUAAUAAUGAUAUAAACAGUGUGAUUUUUGUGCAGAUUGAAUAUAAAUUAUAGUGACUUAUUGCAAGAAAUUAAAUUAUAAGUAGUUUAAUAUAAAGAGGACUAAUGUGUUUCUUGACCGAUGUCUGCCGUGGCCCCAACUAUCCCCGGGGCUGACCCAACAAAGGAUAUACAAAAGCGCCGUGCGGGCAGUGUUGGAUCCGAUGAAGACGACGCAAGUGGCGGAAAAUACACAAGGAUGGAGGAGGACAAUAUUCAAGAUAAGGAGCGCUUCGCUAGCCGUGAAAAUCACUGCGAAAUUGAACGUCGCCGAAGAAACAAGAUGACGGCAUAUAUUACGGAACUGUCUGAUAUGGUUCCAACAUGUUCGGCUUUGGCUCGAAAACCGGACAAACUCACUAUACUGCGAAUGGCAGUGGCACAUAUGAAGGCUUUGAGAGGUACAGGAAAUACUUCAACAGAUGGCACUUACAAACCAUCUUUUUUAACAGACCAGGAAUUGAAACAUUUAAUACUUGAAGCAGCUGAUGGCUUUUUAUUUGUAGUAAGCUGUGAUACUGGUCGAAUUAUCUAUGUUAGCGACAGUAUAGCUCCAGUACUUAACUAUUCUCAGGGAGAGUGGUAUUCAUCUUGCUUAUAUGACCAAGUACAUCCAGACGACGUUGAGAAAGUUCGUGAACAAUUAAGUACUCAAGAACCGCAAAAUACAGGGCGUAUAUUGGACUUAAAAACGGGCACUGUCAAGAAAGAGGGUCAUCAAUCAUCUAUGCGACAAGUGAUGGGUUCCCGGCGCGGGUUCAUCUGCCGCAUGCGCGUGGGCGGGUCUGGCGAGGGCGCGCACCUCGGGCGGCUGCGCGCGCGCAACUCGCUCGGGCCCUCGCACGACGGACACAACUACGCCGUCGUACACUGUACCGGAUACAUUAAAAACUGGCCUCCUACAGAUCUGUUUCCAGGUAUGCAGAUGGACCGCCCUGUGGAAGAUGAACUCCAUGCGUCCCAUUGCUGCCUUGUAGCUAUAGGACGGCUGCAGGUGACGUCGACGCCGAACGCGACCGAGAACAGUUUGUCGACGGGCGGCGUAGAGUUCGUGUCGCGGCACUCCAUCGACGGCCGCUUCACGUUCGCGGACCAGCGCGCCACGCAGGUCGUGGGUUAUGCCCCCGCCGACUUGCUUGGAAAACUUUGCUAUGAGUUUUAUCAUCUUGAGGAUCAACAACACAUGAGAGAUAAUUUUGAUCAAGUGCUCAAGCUUAAAGGACAAAUAAUAUCAUUAAUGUACCGGUUUCGAACAAAAAGUAAAGAGUGGGUGUGGUUAAGAACAUCAGCCUUCGCCUUUCUUAAUCCAUACAACGAUGAUGUAGAGUAUAUUGUUUGUACAAAUACUUUGGCUAACCGUUCCCUCGGGAGCACGGGCGCGGAGCCGGUCGCGGAGGAGAGCUACGACUACCACCUGCGGCACCGCGACGUCUACCAGCCGCCCUCCGCCAUACAUCAGCAGCACCAUGCUCAGACAGGCGCGGGAGGCGCGGGCGGCGCACACGCGCGCUCGCCGGACGCGGCGUUGGCGGGCGCGGCGCCCGCGUACGCGCCGCACUACGAGUACUCCCCGCACCGCCCCGCCAACACGCCGCCGCACACCACCUGGACCACGCUGCGGACCAGCGGUGGCGCUAGCGGCGAGACGUACGCGUACAGCGGCGAGGCGGCGAGCGCGGCGGCGGAACACAGCCCCGCCCGCAGCCCCCCCGCGCCGCCGUACCUGCCCCCCGCGCACUACCACCCCGCGCACCCCACACACCCCACACACCCCGCACAUGCAGGCAUGUGGGCGUGGCAGGGCGGCGGCGUGGGCGCGGGCGGCCCGGCGCCGGCGCCCGAGGGCGGCCACGCGCCGCACGAGCUGUCCGACAUGCUGCAGAUCCUCGACCAGAGCGGCGCCGCUACCUUCGAGGACCUCAACAUUAACAUGUUCAAUUCCAACUUUGAAUAAUGUGCUCACGUGUACUAUCAAUCUAUUAACUGCUAAAUGCAAGUUUCCAAGUCGACAAUUUUCACAAUAACAGAUCACAGUGUGGUGUUGUGAUGUGACGACUACAACGCAAUGUUAUCGUUUAGGUCAAUGUCAUUGCGAAAUAUUUUCGCUCCGUUGGCGUACACAUUCGCGCUCUCGACUCUCGAGAGAGCGAUUCAAUAUUACAUUGCAGUUCCCGCGUCACUGGAACACCCGCUAACUUUGUACGUACUUGAAUCUCGACAGAACCAGGAAUAUAUGUUUGAAAAAACUAGUACAUAUUUUUAGUACCAAUAGAUCAAAGCCUUAUUUUAAUACUUAAAAAAACGAAAAUUUAUGAGGUUGGGUUUAGUAUCCAAAUUAGAAAAUAAAGUAAUUCUCGAACUCCUUCACUCUAUCUGUACCAAUUUUUAGUUAUGUUUCUAUCUAUCCCGCCCCGUAUCCUAGGGUUAGGUAAAAUUUUGGUACAAUGCGUACCAGACAUAAUUAUUUAGAAACCGACAACGGCAAUAAUGCUCAAUGACCACCGAUGCAGUGUAGAAAUGUCAAUACUAUUUCAUCCGUUGAUAUGGGCAUCACAUCAUUUGGGCAACACUUGCAAUAUUUAUUCCAACCUCUGACAUAAUUUUAAAGUAAUAAGAAGUAUAGUAAUUAUAGUUUAAUUUGGCAUCAAAGCCUUUAUAUUAGGUUGUAAGUAUUAAAUGUUAAGUUUUAGGUGGUAUUAUUAUUUUAUAAAUUAACGUAAGAAAUUCCAAUAUAACGUCUCUAAAUCAGGGUAGAGAUGAUUGAUUAGUUUUAUAGUUUUUGAUAAGGAGAAUCAUAUAUUUCUCAAUCUUUAUUCCUGGUUCGUCAUUUUAUGUAGUUGAAUAUUAAAUACUGUAUAUAAUUUUUACCAAAAAUGAAAUCCACAAUGUGCAGAGCAAUUUAAUAUUAAACAAAAUUUUUUUACUUAGCCGUAUUUUGGCAUUUGACAGUACAAACGUAAAAAAUAAAGAUAUAUUUCUAAAACAGCAGUAUUUGCAAAUUUACAUAUUGUGUUAAAUCCUAUAUACGUAUGUGAAUGCAUACAAUAUAAAAUCUACAGACAUGGCUUAUAAGACUACUACGUUAUAAUGCUGUAUUGUCAGGUGUCACGAUACGAAUGUACUUCGCUAUGCUACUCAUUUGUUAUACCUGUGUAAUUAAACAAACAUAAAAUAUAUUUUAGUGUGUUGACUACGCACAACAAGCAUGCCACCACGUCAGGAAAUAAGCAGUUUUGUUUUACCUUUUCCUCGACAUCGAUUAUGCCCUUUCUAUAGUUAAUCGCGGGUGGACCACAAAUCUAUAUAAAGAACAACCUACUACUUAUGGGUCUCUAUUCAUCCACGACUUCGAAAAUCUAAGUCUUGUAUACAAAAAUAGACUGACUAGGCUAUAUGUUAUGGCUAAACCCCGAAGUGCUGCUAGACCUAGGUUGCAGAUGGUGAUGGAUACCUAGGUGUUGCCUAGGUAGUAGGUACACCUAGGUCUAAUCGGGAUGAUAACGGCUAAACCUAAUAAGCGGGCUACACUUAGGUCUAGCCCAAGAUAAGUAGACUAGACCUAGGUGUAACCAACUGAGACCGGCUGCACCUAGAUCAAGCAGGCUAAACCUAGAUUUACCCCUACUUCGGGGUUUAACCGCAACAUAUAUACGAUGUCGAGUUGUCAAUAUUUGACGAUUUAAGCAAUUGUUACCUACUUAUGGAGAUGGGUUAAGUAUUGUUUUUAGUUUGUACAUACACUUACCUAUAUCAUAAUUUGCAAUGUGUGCUUAUAUUCUGUUAUAUUAUGGUAGCUGUACAUUUGAGUAAAUAUGGUCUGCCUUUCAAUAAAUAUUAUAAGUUAUUUCCCUCGUUAGGAUAGCACAUAUUGAGGCUAGCACAAUUUUCACUGUUCGAGUGGUACUGCUUUACAGGUUUACUUUAACACACUGAUCAUAAAAUAACUUACCCAGGUAAUAUAAAUUUAAGUUCUAUCAAUUUUUAUUUUGUAUCUGAAUACAUAUUAUUUUUUAUUGAAUAAUGAAAUAUAGAUUAAUGCAUUUAAAUAUAUUUUUCAAUAAAACAUUUUUUAUUUUUAAUUGGUUUAUAGAUGCCAGAAUUUUGUAAAAUGAAUUUUUCAUUGAAAUAAAAUUGAAGUACAUGAA